AUGGCCCAAAAGCUGGAAGCAAAGGGUGGUAAGAUAGGAGAUGCAUGGGAUGAUGGUGUUCACGAAGGUGUUAGAAAAAUAUAUGUAGGACAAGGCCAAGAUUGUAUAGCCUUCAUCAAGUUUGAGUAUGUCGAUGGUUCUGAAGUGGUUGUUGGGGACGAACAUGGAAAAAAGACGCUGCUAGGAACUGAGGAGUUUGAGGUUGAUGCAGAUGACUACAUCAUAUACGUAGAAGCUUUCCGAGACAAAGAAACUGAAGAAACCAUCGUGGAUCUUAAGUUCGAAACUUAUAAAGGCAAAACCAAUAAGCACAUCGAGACGAGUCCAGGGGUUAAGUUUGUUCUCCAGGGUGGGAAAAUCGUUGGGUUUCACGGGCGUUCGAGUGAUGUUCUACACUCCCUUGGAGCCUACGUUAUUUUCCCAUCCACUCCUCAAUUGCUAGGAAAGUGGAUCAAGCCUUCCGCAAGGAGCGUUUUCGCCAGUGCGGUGAUUGGUAAACACAUUGUGAUAUUUGGAGGUGAGAUAGCGAUGGAUCCACAAGCGCAUGUAGGUCCAGGGCAGUUGAUUGGUGGGACGUUUGCUCUGGAUACAGAGACAUUGAAGUGGGAGAGGUUGGAUAAGUUAGGUGAAGACGAGGAGACUCCAAAUACUAGGGGAUGGUCGGCUUCCACGAGUGGAACUAUUGAUGGUAAGAAAGGGCUGGUGAUGCAUGGAGGGAAAGCUCAGACCAAUGACCGCUUUGAUGAUCUCUUCUUUUAUGGGAUUAAGUCUGCUUAAAUGCUUUAAAACACUGUUUGAUGAUAAUCGUUUGAAGUGGUGUUGUGUGUGUAUGUGGUUCAAUAAGGGAGGAUCUUGAUGGUUGAUACGAUAUGAUCCUUUAUCAGGUUGUUCGUUUUUUUUUCUGUUUCCGUAUGUUUGUCUCGUGUUGGUAUCAAUAAAUUACUUGCAUGUUUAAUAAUUUUGUAUUAUGUCAGUGUGUAUGUAUUCUAUAAUGUAUGACAUAUUUUGUUAUAAAUAAAUGUGACAAG